GGAUGGACGUGGACCGGCUAAACGCAACAAAGAACGAGAUAUUGGCGGAGCUCCACAAAGAUGUCUUUCUUACUCCCAAAGGAAUGAUGAAGUUCGUUCAGUUGUUUGUGGUGAUAUGCGCGUUUGCUAUGACAACCAGUGCAAAAGGUGAGUCGACUCUCUUGAUAAAAGCAGCAGGCAAGCUAAAAAACGAUGUAGAAGGAGUCCUCGUUACCAAAUACCCCUUCUCGAAAUACGACUGGAACCACAACUACGAUAACGAAAACGAAAGCAAAGAUCACGCUUACAAGGACAUGAUGUUCAAAGAUGGGUUCCAAUCUGAAUCUCAAUUUUAUGUGUUCGUGGGUGUGAUGUCCUUCCUUUAUACCCUUGCAGCUAUCAUCAGUUAUGCUUUCUACAAGAAGUUUGAGAAGAUGAGCGACCACUUUGCAAUCUAUUUCACCAAGGUGGAUUUGAUCUCGACAGUCGUGCUGACCUUCUUUUGGUUUCUCUCCACGACGCUGUGGAGCGCUGGGUUCAGCGCGCUGCGCAACGACCUCAACCCGCCCUCUGAUUACGUCUCGUUGAUAGCGCGCAUAAGAAUAGAGGUAGGCGAUGAUAAAGUCUGCGAAAACUUCAGUUGUCUCACUACCGACUCCUGGAGUAAGCUAUACGGCAGCGUGGUGUUCGGGUAUCUCUGUAUCUUCCUUUACGGAGUCAACUGUUGGUAUUGUUUCAAGGAUACAGAAUGGCAUGCGGAGCCGGAGAAGUUGGUUGGAGGAGUGCUGCAGAUCCGGACAGACAGCGCCGGACCUGGACCCGCUGCUGACAUGCAGGAUGUUAACUUGGAGGUGGGCGGCACUGAUAGUGCUACCAUUCAACCUGGCGCUAUUUAGAUUGGAACGUUAGUAAAAUAGUAUGAUCACGUGAUGUGCAUUAAGUGGACAGCACGUUCAAUGCGCGGUGAGCUGCGCGCGGUGAGCUGCGCACGGUAAGCUGCGCACGGUGAGCUGCGCGCGGUGAGCUGCGCGCGGUGAGCUGCGCGCGGUGAGCUGCGCGCGGUGAGCUGCGCACGGUGAGCUACGCGCGGUGAACUGCACGUGGUGAAUUGACAAGCUCUGAUGUUCAGUUCUGUACAGAUUAUUUCUCAAUCUAUUGGUGUGUAAUUAAAGUUUAUAGUACAUUUUGAGAUUAUGCAUUCGUUUGAUUUGGUUUGACAUGCGAUUCAUAAUUUCUUUAUUUUGGAUUGUAUUGAAUCUCAGAAACCUGAUCAUGAUGUUUAUGUUAUUUUCUAAUAUACAGUUUGUCAGAUAUUUGGUCACAGCUUAUGAUUCUCAUAAUUCUUAUUAAUGUGAUAACCAUUAUAUAUCUAUUUAUCCUUAGAUUUGGCUAUUCUUUUGGCAAUAUUUACGGCCGCCAUUUAAAAGGAAAAAAUAUGAUUUUACUCAUGGUACUUAUUUUUAAAUUUAUCAGAUUUAAUCGAUAUCUCAUGACUUAUGCCUGCUAUCAUAAUUAUCAUUGAAAUAAUAUUAUCUUAAUAUAAUAUUGUAUGUUCAUACUUCAUAGAGAACUUUCCUUUCAUAGCACCAUCUUUUACGGGAGAAGACUCAAAAUUGGAAAUGAUGAUUAUUGAAAAAAUAACAUGUUUUAGAGCAUAAAUCUAGGGGCUAUAAUUUGGUGCCAUUCAUCGUGUGCUAAGUGCUUGUUUAUAUCCCGAUCAAAUAUUGCGAUAAGUUUUGAUUGAUAUAAUAUUGUAUUUCUAGGAUUAAAUAUUUGUGCUUUUUGGAAGUUUGAAAGCUGUUUAGUAGCCAGUUCAGCUUUGCUAACAGCUUUUUUUGCAGUGCUAUUUUUGCAAUCUUAGAUUUGAUUAGAAGACAUUAGAAACAGUGCGAGAACCUCUAAAGUCUUAGUUCUCAGUUCAGGUUUUCUUAGAAAGUAGGACGUUAAGUUUUACUGCCGCACUAUGAACUCGAUUACAGAUUUCAUUCGAUAUAUAUAAACUUGUUUCACGUAUAUUAUACAGGUAACAUGUAUCUGGUAUACCCACACUUAAAUGUAUCGAGUGCACUUGCAAUUUGGAGGAUCGAGUUUCUGUGAGAUUCAGCAUUUUAGAGCUUAAAUUUGUCUCGAUUUGUAAAUAAAAGUAUUAGAAUUGAUGCCUCACGCCAUUCUGGGAUUAAGUGCUCGACCUUAUGAAUUUUGUACUGCCCUGAAUGAUAACGUUAAAAUAUGUUAAAAGUAAAAAUAUUAUGUACUUUAAUGAAUCUAUGAUUUGAAAGUUUGAAGUUGAAUUUAUUCACUGAAAUAUCGUAC